GUGUCAAUCUCCCAUCCCUUUUGCCCCCCCCCCCCCUCCCCUGCCUCCUCACCUUGCCUUUGAGUCGGACGCAAUGUUCUAUGAUCUGUUCCAUCUCUGUUCUCCUCGUCAAGGGGAGGGGAUGCGGCCAAUGACAGGGAGAAGGAGCAGGCCGUCGAGGAGUGCAAGCAGAAGCUUUCCGGUGACUGGAAGUCUGAAAAUCAAGACAGGGCAUAUUGUUUUGGUUAUGAGUGGUUGGAGAUAUUGUGGCUUGAUGUCCCUAGAGCAGUCGGACCCUUCCAAGAUAUGUGCUAAAAUCCUAGGUGUCAAGGGCAUUGUGGUGGUGCGAUCCAUGUCUCCUGCGAGCGCUCGGCAUGGCGUCCAUAGCCCCAAAGAGCAGGGCUUCAAGGCUGGACAACAAGCUUCACUUGAUGAAAGCAUUUCCCUUCUAAAACAGAGUACUGCUGAGAUUAAUGCACAAGAUGUGUGCAGAUCGAACGAAGAAGAGAAGAGGAAGGAUCUUGAGGAAGAGGGAAAAACAAGGAUGCUUGUUCAUUCUUCUUACCUGCAUUUCUCCCUCACUCCGAUCAGGCAAUGGGACUGUUGACCAGGUACAAGAGCUUCUUCAGAAAACCCAUGCUGCUUUUCUAAAUCGCAAUUUUGUUCAAGGCUAACAAUGAAAAUUUUAUCUGUAAAAUAUGGUGAUCCCUAUAGUGGUAUUUCUGAAGCUUCGAUGUGCUUGCUUUCCCCCCAACAAGCAGUAAUCCAAUCACGGGUGCAUCAGGUGCUAUAUCAUGUCUAUGUGGAUUUCCACAAUGACACUACCUCCAACUUUCUCAUUUCCCCAGCUCUGCAUACAAGUUCCAAACUAGGCAUGCCAGUCUUGUUAUCACUUGUUCAGUCGCGUUCUGGUUUAUGCCUUUUCACCUGCAUGUAGUGAGGCAGUGUGUGGAAUUUAGGUGCUGGUUUGAACAAAUUACAAUGAUGUAGUCCUGCAGACCAGUACAGGUCACCGGCUUUAUAUUGUGGUCAGCGUGUUGUAAGUACUUUGGGAAACAAGUUCUGGGGCAAGUUUAUCUGCUUGCUCAUGCAUUUUAAUACUUGAUUGAUGUCCUAAUAAUUUGUGAAGUUCUUUGUACCAUGUGAUAAGCUGCACAUCAGGUUGCAUGGCAGCUUGUUUGUUGCUUUUAGGAUGUGCAUGUACCCGGGUGGAUCACAGAUACCAAUCAUAUAUUAUUAUUUUUA